ACUCAGAAGCACCAUACAUCUUACAUCUUGAUUCUUAGAGUACAUUGACCGGUGUCAUUCAACAUGGGUAAGAAACGUGUCCUGAUCAGCUACGGUGUCGACGUUGAUGCUGUGGCCGGUUGGCUGGGUUCAUACCAUGGAGAGGACUCCGUUAACGACAUCAGUCGAGGUAUCUUUGCUGGCACUGUGGGCACACAGCGACUGUUGGCCAUGUUCAAGAAGCACGAUAUUAAAACUACAUGGUUCAUCCCCGGUCACUCAUUGGAAUCGUUCCCGGAAGACAUGGCUGCUGUUCGAGACGCCGGCCAUGAAAUCGGCCUACACGGAUAUUCCCACGAAAACCCAUCAGACAUGACUGAGGAGCAGCAAAAGAUUGUCCUCGACAAGACCUUUCGUCUCUUGACCGAAUUCUGCGGUAAACCACCUAAAGGGAGUGUCGCGCCUUGGUGGGAAACCAGUGCAGAAGGUGCUCGGUUGCUUCUCGAUUAUGGCAUAGAGUAUGAUCACAGCCUUUCACAUCACGACUGCCAGGCGUAUUGGCUACGCACAGGUGAUACCUGGACCAAAAUUGACUACAGCAAGCAUCCAGAUCACUGGAUGAAGCCCCUGGUGAAAGGCAAAGAAACAGGCCUGGUUGAGAUCCCUGGAAACUGGUACAUUGAUGACCUACCACCCAUGAUGUUCAUCAAAAAAGCUCCAAACAGUCAUGGAUUCGUCAAUCCGCGCGACGUCGAAGACAUCUGGAGGGACCACUUCGACUACAUGUACCGAGAAUACGACGAGUUCAUCUUCCCCAUCUCCAUCCAUCCAGAUGUUUCAGGGCGACCGCAUGUAAUUCUCAUGCACGAGAGACUUAUUGAACAUUUCAAAAAGCACGAGGGUGUCGAAUUUGUGCCCAUGGUGGAGAUGUCCAAUGCGUUCAAGGCAAAGAACCAAUACCCUGCUGGGGCGUACCUUCCACAAGACCCAACGGAGGUCUUGAAACGAGAACCACUUUCAAAGUGAUUGGAAUAUCCAUUUGACGGAGUCUCGAAGACAUCUAAGAGAGUAGAUUUGCCGCGGCCUCGGUGAACGAUGCCACGCAUGGCAGGAUAUUUGGACCUGACGUAGAAAUUGUUCAAGACUACUUUGAUACUUUGUCUAACUUUGCAAAUUUACGGACUUGUG